GUUCAGCCUGACUCCCUCGCGAGGUUCCAAUAACAUCUACAAGUGCGGGGAAGUUUGGCCUUGUUGUUUCGUGAGUUUAUUUUAAGUUUUCUCAAGUUUUUAAGGCGCCAUGGACCUCCAGAGCCUGCAGUACCAGAUGUGGCUAGCCGUCAAGAGGCACCAGGCGCUGAUUGGCAGACGUCAGGAGGAGCCCCAUAAUUUGGCUGUUCAGAAGGAGAUUCUUGAUGUCCUAUAUCAGCUCAUCUCCAUCAAUGAGAGUCAGAAACUGGUGGUGGCUCGCCUGCGGGAGGAGCGGCAACAGCACCAGCAGGUCAAGCAGGAGAGGGAGAAUGGGCUACACAACGAUGGGGUCCGGGAAGACAUUGACCUGCUGUGUGAUGAACAGAUAAUACAUGACGCAACGCAGGAGAAGAACGGCAAGAUGACCCCGCACACUACCCCAGAGAAGGCCCCAGUCCAGUCCACCAGGCCACUCAGGGACCAGGAAACCUCCCCAGAGAGACCUGAAAGACAUCCUGCAGUGGACAGCCAGAAGGAGCAGCAGCAGCAAACCGGUGUCCUAGAUCCCCCAUCCAGCCCUCCUGUGUGGUUGUGCUCCCCCGAGAAGAGGCUACACAACUUCCAGCCACCAACAGCUGACUAUUCACAGGAGGACAUUCAUGACCUGGUGACGGAGGAUGAGUUCAUGCAUGCGUUGGGCCUGCUCACCGUGAGGGAGUGGGAGGAGGUCUUGGCCAAGCGCUAUGAGAGGAGAAAGCACACAGCACACUCGCAUAUAUUUUCCAAUACAAUUUGGGAGAAACCUGAAACUCGUCGUAAAAGGAGAGCCUGGCUGACGUCCGGGGCUGGGUCCCCUCCUAUGCUGAGACGCAAGGUGCGGCCGCCCUCCCAGCCGCCCUCUCAGCCUCAGUCCCGGCCAGCUUCCCCCACCCAAUCCUCCUGCUCACCCAUGACCACUUGUCCACUCUCCCAACCUGCCUCCCCACAGUCCCUAGAGGAGGACUACCCAUCCACCUCACAACCCUCGGAGGAGAUCUGCCCCAUGUGUAAAAUAAAGGGUGCGGAUGUGCAGUGUGAUGGGUGUGGGGUGGUGUACCAUGGGCAGUGUGUGGACCUUGAGGACAGUGAGCCGCCUCCUUGCUGGCUGUGUCUUACCUGUGAGCAGCUUGGCCUGAGAGCUUCCUCCUCUUCUCAGUCUGAUCCUCACCACCUCUCCAGGCGAAGAGAGAUGUUGGCAGUGCGGGAGCGACUCCUGCGGCAGAGGGCAGAGCUCACCAUAGCUAAGCUGCAGCUGGAGGAAAAGAAACACCACCUGUCUCUUGCCCUCCAGGCACAGAGAGCAGAGCGAAUGUCACUGCAGCAGAAGGAGGCAGAUGUUCGUAAAGCAAUCACGCAACUGCAAAACUUCAUCAGCACCUUCCAGAAGCCUCCACCAGAGCCCAGGUCCCCCACUGAUCAGCUCACAUCCCCUGCCCAUUCCGUUCCAUUCUCCCCUGCUAGCUCCCCGCCAAGCAGCAGUCCCCCACUCUCCUGCUCUGGUGUCAUCCUCUCCCAACCAUUGUCUCCAGGCCACUCCUCUCACCUCCCACUCAGUCCUGCCAUCAACUCACCACUACCCACAAGAAUUGCCUCCUGUAUCACCUCCCCAUCCCUCACAUCUCCCUCCAUGUCCUCGUCGUUAUCACCUUCCUCCCAAUCCUCGUUGUCCCCCAUGACAUCAAGCAUCAUCUUAAGUCAGUCCCCAUCACCGCGACCCAUGGCACCCCAGAGCUUUGUCCUGGGCAGUGCCUCCAGACCACCCUCACCCACCCAGAGAGCCUCGCAUGGAGCCCACCUUCAGGGAGUCACCAUCUCAGCCUCACCCUUGCCAUCCCCCAAACAGAGUCAUUACAGCUUGGACAAACAUCAGGUGGAGGCCAAGGCACACGUCCACAGUCAUCUCAAGAGGGUUAGGCCGCCUCCCCUCCACCCACAUCGGGAUGGAGACCUCCACGCCCUGAUUCCUGCAGAUGAUGUGGACGGUGACAGCGAGCCCACAGACCUGUCCUUCCCGCGGCAGAACAGGCUGUCUGGGAUCCGGAGAGGAGAGAGCAAGCCCAUGGCUGCAUCCUCGUGAGUUGGUCCUAGGGAUGUUUGCAAGGAGUGACUGAAUGAUGACAGCCAGCCACUGAGAAGUAUCUACAUGUUGUCUUUUUACUUUGAUUAAUACGGUGAUUUACACUUGUGCAUGUAGACUGAAUGCCAGCCGGUUGUGUUUAGUGUGUGUCUCAAGGUGUUGGUCUCACAAGGAGCAGUAGAAGAUGUGUGCUCAGUGUGUGGCUGUUGUUAUUGGGUCACUGUAGGUCUUCAGGAUGUCUUUCAACUCUCUUCCAGUAUUAAUGUUACAAGCUGUACAAGAUGGUUAUUUAUUUAUACUCUAUGCCUAGCAAUAAAAUUGUUUUGUACAAUGUGGACUGACAAAUAUUUGUAUAUUGGUGUAAUACAUGUUGAUUGUUCUUUCAGUGGAAUUGGUGUGGUCUUGGAGUGUGUAUAUGUAUUGUAUCCAUCUCUGACACAAGUCCAGUUUUGUUUUAGGACAUGAAAUGAUUGACAAAGGGUAACCCUUUUAUUUUUCCGUUUCAGAGGAAGAUUAUAUUUAUUUUAUCAGAUAGUAUUAUUUAGCUCCGAGGGAGAGGUUAUAGUAGAGCUAUUUUUCUAUUGUUUUUAAGAUCAUGAUCUGGAUAUCUUCUUAUGACUAAUCCAAUGAGGAGGGUGUACAAAUUACAUAUUAUAUUUUCAGAUAUCUAAUAGGAACCAAGGAAUGUUAGUAUUAUACGGAGGGAACCUGGCACUCGUUACUGACGUCUGUUGUGCAAUACUGUAGCUCCAGCAUUUCUUUUUAUGCAAAUUCAUGGAAUUCUUUUUUUUCUUAAUUUUUAUGAGCAAAGUUUUUACCUGUUAAGAGGUGUUGGGUGUUGUGGUGGUGGUGAAAUGGCCAGACCUCCACGUUGAGCCGAGGGAGAUGCUACUUUUUGUUAAACUUUUGAAUCCUUUGAGGAGACGCUUACAUGCCAGUCAAGCACUGCAGGACGGGGUGUUGACGGCGGCGACCGCGGGGUGUAGCUAACCUGCUUGUCUUGCUUUGUUACUCUAUUACUUUAGAGUUGUUGUUCAUAAGAAAAGAAAACUGAGGGGUGAUGCACCUCCGAUCAUUGUUCAUCUCAGGUGAAAUUAGUAAAUGUUUAACUUAGAUCAGUUUGAGUUCUGUUGCAACUUUUUGUAAGACUCGUAUCAAUGUACAAUUGAAAAAAAUACUCAUAAGCUGCAAAGCAGUGCUUGAUGCAAUAAUGCAGUGAAAUAAAUUUUUACAAAUA